AUGACAACCGCCUCUGACACUGUACCUUCUAGCAUCAACAUUGGUAUUAAUGGUUUCGGAAGAAUCGGCAGAUUAGUACUACGCUCUGUAAUGGAAGUUCAUCCGAAUGUUCACGUUAAAUUAAUCAAUAAUCCAUCCACUAAGCCCGAAUAUGCUGCUUAUUUGUUUAAAUACGAUUCCACACAUGGUAAAUACCGUGGUACUGUAGAGUACACCGACGAUUCUCUAAUUGUUGAUAACAUUAAUAUCCCAUUAUCUCACUUCCGUAAUCCAGAAGACAUUCCAUGGAAUCAUUAUGGCGUUGAUUAUGUUAUUGACUCAACUGGUAUUUUCAAGGAAAUAGACACAGCUUCAAGACAUACCAAGAUAAAGAAAGUUUUAAUUACUGCUCCUUCUAAAACUGCCCCCAUGUACGUUUUUGGGGUCAACCAUGAAAAAUACGAUCCAAUUAAAGACAAAAUCAUUUCUAAUGCUUCUUGUACCACGAAUUGUUUAGCCCCCUUAAUAAAAGUUUUGGAUGCAGAAUUUGGCAUCGAAGAUGCCUUGAUGACCACUGUACAUUCUACAACUGCUUCGCAACGAACAGUGGAUGGUUCUACCACGAGUAAAGAUUGGAGAGGAGGUAGAAGUUGCCAGGGCAAUAUUAUACCAUCUUCCACAGGUGCUGCUAGAGCUGUUGGGAAAGUUCUACCCCAAUUGCAGGGAAAAAUCACUGGGAUGUCUAUCAGAGUGCCAACAGUAAAUAUAUCCUUGGUUGAUUUGACUAUUAGAACCAAAAAGGAUACUAGUUAUGAAGAAAUUAUCAAGACUUUAGAAAAUUAUAGUAAUGGCAAAUUGAAGGGCAUUUUGGGUGUCACACAUGAUUUGGUUGUUUCUAGCGAUUUUAUUAGUGAUUCCAGAUCUUCUAUUGUUGAUGCUAGAGCCGGUAUUGAAUUGAAUUCAAGAUUUUUUAAGAUUAUCAGCUGGUACGAUAAUGAGUUUGGCUAUGCUUCUCGUGUUGUUGACUUAAUUGAGUAUGUUGCCCAAAGAGACAGACAGCAACAUGCUUGA